CCUCCCGGCCCAGGCCCUGCGCGGAGCGGCGUCCACCCGGGCCCUGCUGAGCGGCGCGGCGGGGGCGGGCCCAGGAUCUCCGGCCGGUCUUCCAUUCGUCGGGCGGGAGCCGGAGCUCCGGAUCGGGCUCGGCCCGUACCCAUGGCGAGCGCGGCCUGCCCGGGUCCCGGGGACCCUGCCAUGUAAAGCAGGCCCAGGCUGGGGGCCCGGCCAUGGCCGGGGAACGGCCCCCGCUGCGGGGCCCCGGGCCUGGAGAGGCGCCCGGGGAGGGGCCGGGGGGCUCCGGCGCAGGCCCCGGCCGGGGCCGCCCCUCCUCCUACCGAGCCCUCCGCAGCGCCGUGUCCAGCCUGGCGCGCGUGGACGAUUUCCACUGUGCGGAGAAGAUCGGGGCCGGCUUCUUCUCGGAGGUCUACAAGGUCCGGCACAGACAGUCAGGGCAGGUCAUGGUGCUGAAGAUGAACAAGCUCCCCAGUAACCGCGGCAACACGCUAAGGGAGGUGCAGCUGAUGAACCGGCUCCGGCACCCUAACAUCCUAAGGUUCAUGGGGGUCUGUGUGCACCAGGGGCAGCUGCACGCUCUAACAGAGUAUAUGAAUGGUGGGACCCUGGAACAGCUGCUGAGCUCCCCUGAGCCCCUGUCCUGGCCAGUCAGGCUCCACCUAGCCCUGGAUAUUGCCCGAGGGCUGCGGUACCUUCAUGCCAAGGGUGUAUUCCACCGAGACCUCACAUCUAAGAACUGUCUGGUCCGGCGGGAAGACCAAGGCUUCACAGCUGUUGUGGGUGACUUUGGGCUGGCUGAAAAGAUUCCUGUGUAUAGGGAAGGAGCAAGGAAGGAGCCAUUGGCUGUGGUGGGUUCCCCAUAUUGGAUGGCUCCAGAGGUAUUGCGGGGUGAGCUGUACGAUGAGAAGGCUGAUGUGUUUGCCUUUGGGAUCGUUCUCUGUGAGCUCAUCGCCCGAGUACCUGCAGACCCUGACUACCUACCCCGUACUGAGGACUUUGGCCUAGAUGUGCCUGCUUUCCGAACCCUGGUAGGAGAUGAUUGUCCACUGCCUUUCCUGCUCUUGGCCAUCCACUGCUGCAGCAUGGAGCCCAGCACUCGUGCCCCCUUCGCUGAGAUCACCCAGCACCUGGAAUGGAUCCUGGAGCAGCUGCCUGAGCCAGCACCCCCUGCCAGGACUCCCCUGAUACACAAUCAGGGAUCUGUUCCAAGAGGAGGUCUCUCCGCCACGCUUCCGAGGCCUGACCCCCGGCUCUCCCGAAGCCGGUCAGACCUCUUCCUGCCCCCGUCACCAGAAUCACCCCCGAACUGGGGGGACAAUCUGACUCGAGUCAACCCCUUCUCACUACGGGAAGACCUCAGGGGUGGCAAGAUCAAGCUUCUGGACACACCCUGCAGGCCAGUCACCCCCUUGCCCCUGGUCCCGCCGUCACCACUGCCCUCCACUCAGCUGCCGUUGCUGAGCACACCAGAGAACCUGAUCCAGCCUGGGACGCCUCUCCGACGCUGCCGCUCACUACCCUCCUCCCCUGAGCUCCCCCGACGUAUGGAGACUGCACUGCCAGGUCCCGGCCCACCCCCCAUGGGUCCCUCAGCUGAAGAAAAGAUGGAGUGUGAAGGCAGUAGCCCAGAGCCAGAACCCCCAGGACCUGCUCCCCAGCUUCCCCUCGCUGUGGCUACCGACAACUUCAUCAGCACUUGUACUUCAGCCUCCCAACCCUGGUCCCCUAGAUCAGGUCCUCCCCUCAACAACAACCCCCCAGCUGUGGUGGUGAACUCCCCACAAGGCUGGGCUGGGGAGUCCUGGAACCGGGCCCAGCAUAGCCUGCCCCGAGCGGCAGCCCUGGAGCGGACAGAACCCUCGCCACCCCCGGCCACUUCCCGGGAGCCUGAGGAUGGGCUGCCCUGUCCUGGCUGCUGCCUCGGCCCCUUCAGCUUUGGCUUCCUGUCCAUGUGCCCCCGUCCCACUCCAGCUGUUGCCCGCUACCGCAACCUGAACUGUGAGGCAGGCAGUCUUCUCUGCCACCGAGGGCACCAUGCCAAGCCACCCACACCCAGCCUGCAGCUGCCUGGGGCACGCUCUUAGCAGUGGGGCCUGUGAUCUCAGGCCUCCAACUUUAGUCUGAGGACACCCUGUGAGGACAGAGUGCACUUACUGGACAGUGUCAGCCCCACAUGGCUGACCGGCUCUUCGCCCUAUAGGGAGCCUCAGCAUGGACUCGAUGGACAGAGCACUUUGUAUCCAACCCUGGGCCUGCUCUCCCCGGGGAUCACUGAACCACACAGCAUUGCUGACGCACAAGACUAACACGUGCAGAUUAUUUAAAAAUAUGUCAAUAAAACUGCCUGGCUGGCUCCGGGCCGCCCCAUCCA